AACUGCGGUGCCACCCAUCACCUUGAGCUGCAGCGCCCAGCAGGACGCUCCCAGCUCAGUCCCAGGCACAGCGCAGCGUCAUGAAGUGUCCUCCCGACACCUGCUCCGGUCACAGCCCUGCCUGGAAGAAGCUGCUUCUAAUAGGCACCCUGCUCGCCUGCAGCACCAGCACCUGUUCUGCGUCCCUGGAGCUGCCCCUGGCAGAGGGAGGCGGUGGCCGCCCGCCUGUCCCCGGGAGCCCCGAUGGCCUCCGCACCGCUUCACGGUUCCCAGGGCGCGAGGCCCAGCCGGCAGCCGUGGUCUCUCCCGAGGGCCUCCGAGGACCGGCUCACAUGGGCAGGGAGUGGCUGGGCUCCCGGGGCCCCCUGCUCAUCACCAAUGUGACAGAUGCGGACAGCGGUGCCACGGUGCUGGGAACCAGCAGGGGACAGGGACGCUCCAACAACAGCCCCAGGCAAGUGCAGCUGCGGACAUCCCCCAGCACCGUCCGGGGCAUCAUCUACAGCGACCUCAACUUCUCGGUGAUCAUGGCGUGGACGGUCACAAUGGACCCCGAGCCCGAGCUGACCUGGACCCUCGACGGGAGGCUCUGUGGCACCGGAGAGAAGCUGUUCAUCCGGCGACUGUCCCGGGAGCUGCUGGGCACCUACGUGUGCACGGGCAGGAACAGCCAGCAGCUGCUGCCCUCCUACCCUGUGACCGUCUCACUGCCACCUGAGCCACGGGAGUCCCCCCCACCCAGGACCCCUGCUGCACUCCGGCUGGUCUGCGGCGGACUUCAGGGCUCUCCUGAGCACCUUCCAGAAGCCUGGGAGGCCCCCCCCCUAUUUUUUUCUGGAUCAGGGAUUGAAUCCUUGAAUCCAGGGGCGCUUAAUCUCGGAGCCCCCUCUCCAGCCCUUUUUACUUUUUAUUUUGAGACAGAUUCUUGCUAAGUUGUUGAGGCUAGCCUCAAAUUUGAGAUCCUCCAGCCUCAGCCUCCCAAGCCGCUGAGGUUACAAGAGUGCACCUCCGCGCCCGGCUCUGUGAGACCCUUUCUAGCCAAAGUGUCGUCUGUCCUUCCCUCCAGCAAGCCAGCUGUGGCUGAGGCUGAAAGAGGCUGACGCUAAUGAAAGCCCAGGACAGGAUCUGCACCGGGUCCCAGCUCCAGCCCUCUCUCCCCUCUGCGCCCCAGCACGCGCCAGCGAAGCGGAUAGACAGACAGACAGACAGAUAGAUAGAUAGAAAGAAUAGAUAAAUAAGUAAAAAAAAAAAAAAAAGUUUGAAAAGAGAAAAGAAAGACCCUGCGGCUUCCAGCUGGUGGGGAGGUGGGG